CUCUGGGCUCUGAAUGGGAUUGCUGUUCCCCCCUCAGGACGCCCGGCGGAAGGAUGAAACCCAGGAUGAAAGAGGAGGUUGACGUAGGAGCCCGGUUCAUCGCUCGGCUGGUGAACCGACAUGAGAAACUGGAGAAGGAGCAGGUGGAGCGCUUCGGCGAGUGCCUGGCCACGAUCCUCUGCGAGCGUUUCAGUGGCCACUGGUACCCAGAUAACCCCCCAAAAGGACAGGCCUAUCGAUGCAUCCGGAUCAAUAGGAAGCACCACGUUGAUGAUUCGCUCCUGAAGGCAUGCACGGCCUGCGGUCUGGAUUAUUCGGAAUUAGCGCUGCCCCAGGAAAUUUCCAUCUGGAUUGAUCCUGGUGAAGUUUGCUGCAGGCUUGGUGAGAACAACCGGUAUUUCAAGGUGAAGGAAGAGGAGAACGCCAGCGGGAAAUCAACGCCUGAGCCAGAGACAUCAGACUAUCACUCAGAAUCCCUCUCAGAGAACUCAGAGGAUGAAGGCCUGGCCAAGCUUCGUAAGACAACCGAUCUGGGCAAAACUCGGGCUGGGAAAGACAGUCCCAAACAGGCUGCCCAGUAUUUCUACGUUCCAGCUCCUCUGUGGGUCCCAUGCCCUCAAAAUGUGGUCAGCUACAUCCCAGCCUACCAGCCUCUCACGUUCUACUAUGUUGACGUCCCCUCAAAAUCACCCGUGCCCAGGAAACCCAACCCGAAUCUCCUGAAACGCCUCACCAAACGGGCCUCCAAAGCCUGAAGCUGAGGAAGGCUGAGUGGAACCCUUGGCACUCCAGGCUCUACCUGGACUUUGGCCUUGUUUACACUGACAAUGGGACCAUUUGUUCUCAGAAGAAGACAGCUGUUGUAUUCUCUUUCAGGUGAUUGCUAACACUUGGAAUUUCUCCUUGGGUGGGGAAUUGCCCAGAGUUAGCAUAUUCACCUCACCCCUAGGCCAAAGGAUAGGGGUGGCACUGCCUUGUUUCUAUGGUGCCAAACAACUAUAGCAUUAUCAUUGUCUAUUAUUUAGCACUUCAGUGUAGGGAUAAAACUAGAGACCUGGGGUCGUCCUGUGUUGCACUGUGGCAGGGGAGUGGGAUCUAGGAGUUGGAAGCAGAAUGCCAAGGGGAACUCGGGUGGGAAAAGAUUUUGGUCUGGAAACUGAAAGAACAAGCGGGGAAAGAAAAACCAGGUCAACAGGCUCCUGUGCCCAGCCAACUUUGCUUAAGGUAUUUACUGCUUCUGCAAAACCUGGCUAAUAAUUACUAAAUUGUGUGGGUGUGUCCUGUGAUUUUAAAAAGGAUAACUAACUUUUUGCUGCUAUCAGCAGGGAGGGGGAUCAGUUGUUUGUUUCAUUCAUUGCCCCCUUCCAUAUGCUAACUCAGGGCUUCUCAAACUGCAGAUCAUGAACCUGGGGGCGGGGGGUGCUCACAAGCAGCCUCCUUGCAAGGGGGGUCAAAACUAUUUUUUUUAAGCUUG